AUGGAGGAGGGUGAAUUGGAGGAGGGUGAAUUGGACGAGAUGGACAGGGAUCUACAGUUUCCAACGUGUCAAAUAAGUAAAAGAGUAACAACAAGAACAAUUGCUACUUUACUGUUCCAAGUGCUCUGCUGUACUUUUAUUGUAUUUUCAAUGGAGACGGAGAGCCAACGGUGCGAGAAUGUGAAGGAGGAUGGGGAAUUGGACAAGUCUGACUGUACAUUGACAGUGUGGAAUGUCUCAAACAAGCGCUGCGAGAUUCAACCUCAACCUCCUCCUGGACCCAGGCGAAAGGCAGAAGGCAAGAGGUCGAGGAAAGGAGAGACGAAACACUCAACUGGAACCACAGAGGAUGCACCGGCCAAUGUCGAUACAGUAACAGGCAGUCAAGACAGUGCCCAGAAAAAGACCAAUCAGGCUGGGGUCAUUAUAAGCCAAGAAAGGGGAGGAAAAGCAAGUGGGUCCAAAAGGACUGCUAAGCAGGCUCAGGAGCCUGAAAACAAUCAGGAAGAGAGGACAGCGAAAAAGGCGAAAACUGACAAGGGCGGCAGUAAGAAAGUCAAAAAAGUCAAGGAAAAGGAGUAUGCACGUGUGAUAAAGAGAGGAGCUCCCCCACCAGCCGAACCUCAUCAACAAGUAAAUGAUGAUAACAUUGAGGACUCAGUUGUCGAAAUGGGAUAUGCCUCAUCCGGAAAUGAGGAGCAUCAUGAGAUUGACCAGCCCACAAUAACACGGGUCAAUGACAGCUUUGAUUUUUCCGAAGAUGAGGAGCAUCAUGAGAUUGACCAGCCCACAAUAACACGGGUCAAUGACAGCUUCGAGUUAUCCGAAGAUGAGGAGCAUCAUGAGAUUGACCAGCCCACAAUAACACGGGUCAAUGACAGCUUUGAUUUUUCCGAAGAUGAGCAACAUGUGAUUGACACGCCCACAGUAACACGGAUCAAUGACACGUACGAGUUUUCCGAAGAUGAGGAGCAACAUAAGAACGACCAGCCCCUAGCAACAAGGGCUAAAUAGCUUGGGAAGAUGGUAUAUCCGCCCACUCAGAAGCCAUCCAGCCAAAAGUCAUCCCACAACCAAAGGACUCGUGCAGGUGUGCCCCUUAUGCACAGCGCACACGUGAGAUCUGUCUGGCUAACCAGAGAAUGCUGAGGCAAAUUCUUACUCUACUAAAUUCAGACCAGACAUACCAGAGCAGCAGCACGUUUUCUGACCAUUAUGACGAAGGGGCCUACAUAGCGGACAGUGAGGAGACACCCCCAAAAGGAGUGCCAGAGAACAACUUUGACAUGUCCCCAACAAAGAUUUUUGCUCCAAGGAAGACAAGUUCAUCUAUCCCCAACCUGGCACUGCUGCUUGUCCGGCAACUUUUCACAGAAGAAGAAAUGGCUUCAUCCAAUUGCCGUGGAGUGAAAGGCAAACAGCAACUGGACAGCACACGAAUGAACUUUGUAAAAAAAGCUAUCGGUGCGUAUGCCCCAGUUUCACCUGGGUGCUAUGAUGUGUAUUGGAAAAAACAGUGUGUGGCAGCUAUAGAUGAAGGUUGUAGGAGGCUGAAGAGGUCAAAAGUAAAGUUGAAUUUAAGCUAGUUGCCCCUUUUUAUUAUAUCAACCACACUAUGAAUAAAUCUGUUACUCUCGAUAUCAAAAAACGAUAAUUGUUUUAAUGCUUCUCAAAAGCGUAAAGCAUUUUAUGGAAUAAUAUUUCAACGGAAGUCUUUCACCAUUACCUUCUGUAGAUCUGUCUAAUGGCUUUAAGUAAAUUAUGGAUAUGAUGAGCUUUUCAAAGAAUUGUGGUUUCCUAAUUAUUGAUUCAACUACAAAAAUAAUUUCAUGUUAAUAGUUAUAUUUGAGUGGAACAAAUUUAGAUACUUGUUGUUUCUGUCGUUUUUAUUGUCUUCUGUGCCUUAAGCAUCUUAAAACUCUUGUAUUAUCGUUUCCUUUUUUUUAAUACGUUUUCAUUAUUACUGAUAAUUGCUGGCCUUAAUGAUCGUAUACAUUCAUUUGUUUUUCAACAAUAAUUUAUUCUUUAAGGGAAGCCAAUUUACUUUAAAUAGAUGUUUGUCUAGUACUGUAGAAUUUUCUUAAUAAAAUUUUCACAGCUUCUAUACAGUUGUUUUUGUAUUUUAUAAUAAUACAUUGUAUGUA